AUGAACUUCUCGGAAAUCUUGGACAUGGCCGUCCCAACUCCGUCCGCGUUGGUGCGGAUGACGAUCCUGGUCGUCAUCCUUCAGGUGAUGAUCGCCUGGGGUAUCAUGACAACGACCGUUUUCACCGAGGGCACCCCGGUCACGAUGGCGGCCGCUGAACAGUCGUUGUCCACCGGCAUUACCACCAGCGAGUUCCCCUGGGCGUCCAUCAUCUGGACGCUGAUCGCGUUGAUUUUGUCCGCGUUUUCGGGCAGGGACAUCGUCAUCGACAUUAUGGCCUUAAUGUUCACCACGAUGCUCUUCGAUUCAUUCGUUAAGACGCUUGGCUUCGUCCUCGUAAUUCUCCUUCACGCUCACUUCUAUGGGUUGGCCGAGCGUUGCCUUCGCACUGCCGUACAAUUCGGCAACACCAGGCGAGUUGUGAUGUCCGCGAAGCACAAGGCGCAGGUCAAGGCGCUCAAGAAGAAGCUCCGGGUCAAGUGCCGGAUGGUGGAACUGGCGUCCAUUUUGGACGUCCAAUCGACUAACCUUCAAGCCUCGUACCGGCAAAGGAUCAAGCUGCAAGACAAGCAGCUAUUCACUCUCCACCUCCAGUUCAGCGACCUUCAGCGGUCGAACGCCGCGACCGUGAGGGAUUUCUCGCACUACAUGUGGUGCGCCGAAAGAACCGUGGACUCGCUUACCGGCGCCAAUGCCCUGCUCGAGAACAAACUUGCCUGCUUGGAGGCAGAUGUGCAGACUGGCCACGACCUCUAUGACCAGUUUCGAUCCGACUUCCUCUGCUCUCUUCGGGACGGAGAGACGGCGCUCAGCCACAAGGAUGCGGAGAUAUCCUCUCUGAAGCAGGACAACGCUCAGCUCGUUAAGGCCAAUCAGGACAAGGACGAGGAGAUCAAGCUCCUGAAGGCUCAGCUGGCCAUGCAGCUCAAGCAGCCUCAGGAAGCUUGCACAGCAGGUGGGGAAGCGCCGAGAACGUCCGCAGGUGUCUCGAGUUUCCAGGCCAAGCGCCACCCGUCCGUCUCCACGGACUCGUCCGCCGCUGUGAUCGCCACGGCCGCUUCGGGGACCUUCGUCUCCAAAGCCUCCCGUUCGGGCACUAAGUCGGUCGCCACGACGACCUACCUGGACACCACCGCCGAUGACAAGGCGGCGGCGGAGUUCCUAAUUGCGGACACCGCGCUCGCACACUGGUGGUUGUCGGCGACCGCUACCUCGGCUGGAAACUGA